AUGCUGCUGUCAACACCAACAUUGCUUCUGGUCCUUGCUUACAUGCAACUUGCGCUGUCCAGCAACCAAAACUCCCUCCAUGGCAUCGCCUACAUCUCCGUGACGACAGACAACAUGACGGCGUCUACGCAGUUCUACACCCAGGUUAUGGGAGGGAUGCUGGUGCCAGAUUUGGCCUUCACCUUCAGCGGAGAUUCUCACUACUACCGGAUGUUCCAGAAGGAGAUUCUGGACGCCAGAACACAAGGGGUUGACCCUGCCCAGCUGGGAGUACCGGAUAUAAGGGAUAAGGGUACUUAUGAGGUGCGGGGGAACUUCAUCAUCUUUGAUAACAGCAUUAUCCAGCUGGUAGAGUAUGUUGAAAAAUCAACGUCGUCUGUGUUCGACAUGCGUGACCGUCGCACCAGCUCCGCCUACAUUGGAGCCGCAAUGGCAUGCUUCUGGGUCAAGGACGACGUGGAUUUCAACCACUACAUCGCUGAACUGGAAAGAAGAUCACGUAAUUUGGGUUUUGAUCAGGUUAAGGUCAACAGACCAGUCACAGUUCACAAUGAGGCUGAACGACUAGCCGUACCUGAGAAACAACUUGGCAUUACUUUCGACAGUGGACCCUUUGACGGUUUAUCAAUGGCAUUUUUUAAAGGUCCUAGGGGAGAGCGACUGGAACUGAACCGAAUUACAAAAACAUACAAGUAUUAUCUUGGCAGUGAAUACUGCCAACGCCAAGGGGUGGCGACAGCCCUCUUGAACAAUCACCCUGACAAUCGAUGGAAAAAAGCUGCCGGAGUCAGUGGUCAGACUUAUGGGAUAUUCGAGUUUGCUGUAAGAACAGAUGAUCUUCAAAAGUCCGUCGACUUCUACACACAGGUCCUUGGUACAGACCUGGUUCGUAAACCUCUGGUGGGAGUCGGUCUUCAAGGAGAUGAUGUUGAAAACAUGUUGUUCCAGAAAGAGAUCCUUGAUGCCGAAUCUUGGGGAGUUGACAUUGGACAAAUAGGGGUUCCAAACAUUUCUCUGGCAGGAUCUGGCAGAAGUGAUCUUAGGUUUAACCUGUUUGAUAAUCACGUAGUGAAGAAUGUCGAGUAUACUGCUGGAAAAUCUUUGUCAGAUCCCAAGUUCAAUCCCAGAUACAACUGGAGCAGUCCCGCCUACAUCAACAACAUGCACGUCGCCUUCUUCGUUGACUCCAACGUUGAUCUAAACAAAUUCCUACAGAACGCAGAGCAAAAGGCUGCCAGGAAUAAGUUCACGGAGUUUAAGAUCAAUAGAGCAGUUGAUGUGCAGACAUUAGGAGCUAGCGUUCCUGCAGCACAGUACAGUGAAGAGUUCACUGAUGGACCUCUGAAAGGUUUCAACUACGUGUAUGCUAAGGGCCCAGCAGGGGAACAGCAAUCCUUUGUUCAGUUCAAGGGUCCAGCGGAAGCCAAACUGAAGUCAGCCCUGUUAAAGUAUUCGGCAGUCAACACAGCCUUCAAGGAGACGAAUCCGUGGUUGAAAAAAGAAUACGACGCGUAUUGUUCUAAAUAUUCUAGCAAACCCGUUGUUGGCUAAACUUUCAUUCAGAAAUAAAGUUGAUCAAUUAGAUGCAA